UCGAUACUGCCUUCUACAUCCUCCUUCCUGGAAGGGUCAGGAUGCAGAUGCCAUCUCCACCACUCCUCUGCUCACUCCCUGACACAAAGGUCUUCUGUUGUGUCUAUUCGAGAUCUGGUCACUACUGAUGCACAGCAACAGGUCCAAGAUGUGGCUGUUUUGGGGAGUGGCCUGCUUAGUCCAACUGGCUCUGACAUCUGAAGAUUUCAAAAGCAGAAGACAUCUGAAUCCUCAAUCAUUUAUGACUAUUCCUGAAAUCAUCCAGUAUUGGGAAUAUCCCAGUGAAGAGUAUACAGUCCUGACAGAGGAUGGCUAUUACCUGCAGGCAAACAGAAUUCCACAUGGAAUAAACGGUUCUGGGAAGACAGGGCCAAAGUCAGUUGUGUUAUUGGUACCUGGUGCCAUUUGUGAAGGCAGGUGCUGGAUUUCAAAUCUUCCCAGCAAUAGUCUGGGAUUUGUUCUAGCAGAUGCUGGUUAUGAUGUCUGGAUAAUAAAUAACAGGGGGACCUCCUGGUCUAGAAGACACCAGCACUUCUCAGCAGACCAAGAAGAAUUUUGGAAUUUCAGCUUUCAUGAAAUGGCAAUUUAUGAUAUUCCAGCAACCAUAAACUUUAUUCUGCAGAAAACUAAACAAAAAAGCUUGUAUUAUAUUGGCCAUUCCCAGGGAGGUACAUUGGGUUUUAUUGCCUUUUCAACCAUGCCACAGCUUGCUCAAAAGGUUAAACUCUUCAUGGGCCUGGCUCCUCCCUACACAUUGGAAGGCUGCAAGGGACUCUUUUCUUUAAUUCUACGUCUCCCUCAAGAAUUGAUAAGACUUACAUGCGGCAAUAAAGAACUAUGCUUUUUCUUUAACAAACUAAAAGCCAACAAUGCCAAGUUGUGCAGCUAUCCAGGGAUUGACAAAAUUUGUCUCCAGAUCAUGUCCUUGAUUCAAGGAAACAAUGAGAAAAACCUAAAUGUGAGUCGAGCAGAUGUGUAUGCUGGAAUUUACCCCGAUUUUGCUUCUGGAAAAACAUUAGUACAUUGGAGUCAGGUUGCUAAAACCAUCCAAUUUAAGUAUUUCGAUUAUGGAUCAAAGAACGAAGCUGUCUACAACAUGAGUACGCCCCCAUUUUAUAAGAUAGAAGAUGUUAUUGUACCAACAGCUGUGUGGAGUGGUGGGAAUGACAUUCUUGUAACCAAAAAGUCUAUUGAACGGCUGCUCCCUCGAAUCCCUCAUUUAGUUUUCUAUAAGAAUAUUCCUGAUUGGCAACAUUCAGAUUUUAUCUGGGGUCUUGAUGCACCAGACCAGUUGUUUAAGGAUGUGCUUUCUCUGAUGCAAAAGUCCAAAUAAUGUCUUAAUAUGAGGGGCAAACUAUAUAUUUAAAAAGUUUUACAUUGAUUUUUUUCUGUACUUAUGUUCUUCCUUUCUGUCUCAAAUAAUAUUAAAGGUUGGCUAGCAAUAACAAAAGGAUCUAAGGAAGAAAAACACACAACAAAACUGAUGGUAAAAAUAUAACAACAAGCAGGGGUACAGCUUCUAGCACUACUACUACUACUACUACUAAUAUAUAUAUAUAUUUAUAUUAUAAUGUGUAACCAUGCAUUAUAGAAUAAAUUUGCUUCUGUUCUGCAGUAAAUCAUGUAAUUCCUUACCAAUACGAAGGGACCCUCAAAAGACCAAAGAAUAUGCAGCUCGGAAUAACUGGACCUCAAAACUGGACCAACAAACACUGUCCAACUUGCCCCAGAUCAGCCUCAAACUCUCAGCAGUAAUAGGCUUCCUUGUGUGUCUGGCAAAUCUGGGUGUACAAAAUGCCAGCCAGCGAUUAGCUUCUUUCAUGUGGAAGGUAUUACAGGGGUCAGGCAGUUUAAAACAUUUGCUAAAAUAAGACACAGCCGCCCUAUGGGGGCUCAUGGUCCUGAUAGCCAAACCUGAGCAAUAUGUGACAUUUCCCUCACUGAGUUCUGGUUGGGUGGGUUAGUCAGAAUUGGAUUACCUUCCGCUGGAAUACAAAAACCUUCAUGAAAUCCCCCUCCGAGAAGCUACGAACAUGAGUUUGACCAAACUGCGGGAGGCAGUGCAAGACAGGAGUGCCUGGCGUGCUCUGGUCCAUGGGGUCACGAAGAGUCAGACACGACUAAACGACUAAACAACAACAACAACAAUCCCCCUCCAAGUAUUUUGCCGUCUCCCUUUUGGGGUAUAUGUGCAAAAGAGGUAACAUAGCUACAAGAGAAACUGGGGAGGGAGCUAGAGAGAAAGGCGUGUUGGCUUCCGGUUCCACUCUGCCUUAAUGGAGGCAGACCCCAUGACAGC